CCGAGGACUCGGCUCCUCGUGUGGUGCGAUGAGUUGGAAAAAGACAGAGAGGCAUCGAGGAAGGACUCGAGCGUGAGGGCUGCGAUUUUACAGGGGUUUGGGAUCCGAUCUGGAACUGCAGCUGCAACUCGGAUUUUUUUUUUUUUUUUUUUUUGCCCGUCGGAGUGAGCCAACGUGUGAGGAUUACCGGGAGCGAUGUGAAAUCGGAAUCAGAAUCGCGUCUGCAGCCAAGAGCGGAUGCUGCCCGGGGUGGACUAUAAGGAGAGAGCGCGCCGAGCUCAGGAUUAAAAGAUCAUUUGGAAGUCGCCCUGUCAUGGAUUCGACCGAAUUUACUCAAUCUCCCAAGGGAGCCAAACCAAUAACAGACAACUUUUUCAAGAUGCAAUUUCCUUCCAAUCCCUGAAGGCAAAAUGACCUGACAAGCUGAAACUAUGUGGGAUUUGAAGCCUCUGAUAACAAACCAGUGCUAUCCAGAUCUUUCUUCAAUAAUUAAAAGUGAAUUGACAGCAUUUUCUGCAGGUCCCUGUACAGUGGAGGAACCUUGGUCUAAAUGGGUCCAGUCAUGCCUCCCAGCAAGAAGCCCGAAGGCUCGGGUAUUAGUGUGUCAAGCGGACUGAGCCAGUGUUACCCGGGGAACACACUAACCAAGGAGUUGCAAGAAGCCGAGGAAAUGGACUUGACGAGCAGUUGCUUACCUGCUGGCCGUGCAGACAAAGCCAACGUGGAGGACGAGGAGCUGACAAACCUGAACUGGUUGCACGAAAGCAAGAACCUGCUCAAAAGCUUUGGGGACACGGUGUUACGGAGCGUCAGCCCUGUUCAGGAUGUCGAUGAGGAUACACCCCCCUCCCCUGCUCAUUCUGACCAGCCCUAUGAUGCCAAGCAGAACCCAAACUGCAAACCUCCCUACUCAUUCAGCUGCCUCAUAUUUAUGGCCAUUGAGGACUCACCCAGCAAACGCCUGCCAGUCAAGGAUAUCUAUAACUGGAUCCUAGAACAUUUCCCAUACUUUGCCAAUGCUCCUACUGGCUGGAAAAACUCUGUUAGACAUAAUCUGUCAUUGAAUAAAUGUUUCAAGAAGGUAGACAAGGACAGAAGUCAGAGUAUUGGGAAAGGCUCUUUAUGGUGCAUAGACCCAGAAUACAGACAGAAUCUUAUUCAAGCAUUGAAAAAGACACCCUACCAUCCUUACUCCCACGUUUUUAACACGCCUCCAACGUCCCCACGGACCUAUCAAAGCACAUCAAGUCCACCGCUUUGGCCAGCAAGUGCAUUCUUCAAAAGAAAUGGAGCCCUACAGGAUUCUGAUAUUGAUGCAGCCACUGCCAUGAUGCUGCUGAAUACUUCCCCUGAGGUGAAAGGAGCAGAAUAUCCUGUGGGAGUAAUACCAAAUGGAGGUCGGGCAUUCAGCCGAGGCCCAUUCAUUGGGAUAAAGCCACUGCCAAUUAACAGCAUUGGAAGCAUGGCCGCUGCAGUAAGGGAAGCUCUUGGCACCUCCCUCCGGCAACCCGGCCGAGAUUGGGAACACAGCAUAUGGGGGAUUGCAAGCAACGUAUAUUCACAGUGGAACGGAAUUGCAAACUGCCGGAUGCGGACCGACAGCGAGCAGUCGUGUGGCUCUCCGGUGGUGAGCAGUGACCCCAAGGAGGAUCACAAUUACAGCGUGGCCAAAUCUUCCAACCACCGCAGCUCCUCCCCCAACAGCGACUCCACCUCCUCCUCCUCCUCCUCCUCCUCUGCCGACGAUCAUUACGAGUUCGCGGCCAAGGGCAGCCACGAGGGGAGCGAGGGCAGCUACCACAGCCACGAGAGCUACAGCGAGGCCGAGGAGGAGGAGAAAAAGCACAGCAGAAAGGAGAGCAAGGACUCGCUGGCCGACAGCGGGUACUUAUCGCAGCACAAGAAGCGGCAACAACAGCUGACUAAAACAAAAAAAACUCCGAGCGACACACUGCCCCUUAAAAAGAGGCGCACGGAAAAGCCACCCGAGAGCGACGACGAGGAGAUGAAGGAGGCGGCGGGCUCGCUGCUGCACUUGGCGGGGAUCCGAUCCUGUCUGGAUAACAUCACAAACCGCACUUCAAAAGGGCAGAAAGAGCAGCAGCAUUCAGCGAAAAAUUAGGACCGUCAUGUACAGACAGCCUCUUUUAGGACUGUUGGCAGAAAUGUAUUUUCUUUCAGCGCGUCAGGUGAAUUAUAAUAAUUUGUGGCAAUAUCAACAAUCACUUUGUUUUCCUAUCUUUCGACGACUCCCCACCUUCCUGAGUUUUUUUUUAAAAAAAACAAGUUUUUGUUUAAGGAGAUUGAAGCCAUAGCAAAACUUUACUGACACUCAGAUAAUUUGUAAAAGCUUUUCAUUGACUGACAACGAAAGCCAAAAUCACUGCACCUUUUUCUCUCUUUGUUUCUCUUUUCUUUUCCUUGCUCGCUCUCUCUCUUUCCCUCUCUCUCUCUCUCUGUUCAUUCUUUUGGCCUGAUUUAUACUGGUGCACCCAGAGCUGGUUACAAUUGACAGCAGUGGGAGUUUGCAGAAGAGAAUCUAUGGUUUAGAUUUCCCUGAUGGUCUAAACAGGGGACGGGAUGCAUUGGUGAGAGAUGUGGCCAUAUGGAAUGUCUACAGAGCCUAAACAGCACUAUGCUCACAGCCAUCUCGUGGCAAUCGUAACAAUACAAGAGACACACCGCUGAAGAUUGCGUGGGGGUUGGGGGGGGUGUUGAUUGGAGGUAAUUGCACUUAGAUACCCCGCUUUGGGGGUGGGUUUGAAGAUAUAGCGGUUGGCCACAGUUAUCGGGUCAAAGAAAACGGAAAAAAAAGUGAAAAUGUUCUGUUUAAGAAGAGAGAGAAAGAGAGAAACAAAGUCCUGCCUUCAGCCAACCCUACAUAUUUCUGUCUUCGUAAAACCACAUCCAAGCCAUAUGCCUGAUGGAUGGCACCAGUGCGUGUGUGGGGGAAAGAGAACCACUGCCUACGUGAGGACAUGAAUGAGAGCAAUCAAGUCUUGCGAGGGAAUGUGCGACGGACGACUUACCGAGUGAUCGUGGUACCAAUCCUUUCUUCAGAUCAAAGCAAGCGCAUCGCGAUCUAGCCGUUACGAGGAACUUCAGAACACAAAACGAGAAGAAAACACACAGACGCACACACAGACAGACACAAUGAUGAGAAGCUCUCAAGCCUGCCAUUAGUAUUAUUCUGAAAAAAAAACAGAAUUGGUGAAAAGCGAUAACCGUGAGCUCCUCCACUGCCCUGGAACUGGAGUAACACAGUUUUUCUCAAGUCAGAACCGUGUAUAAUAUGAAUAAUAAUAUGAAUAAUAAUAAAAAAAGACAAUUGAUUUUGGAAUAUAAUCAACAUUAGCCAGCAAAGGAUUUAUCCAAAUCCAUGUUGCAUGGGUUCUUUGAACAAAAACGUCGUUUUUUUAUUCAAAGACAAAAACAAGUUCAUGUAAGGUAAAUAAUGUAUUUAGCAUGAGCAUGAAUUAUUUUCAUAUAAAUAUAGAAAAUAGAGAAAGGCUAUGCCUCUAAUUUUUAAACCCUUAGACCUAGGUUUUUUUUUGAAGCAGGUGAUAAGGUUUAACCUUUUUUUCAGGGAAAAAAAUACUGACUGUUGGGGAACUUACUCUGCAAUAUGAAGACUUCAAAUUUCUGGUAGGGCUGUGGAUGGUUGAAUAUACUGCCUUGUCUGCACAUUCGGGCCCCGCUACAGGCUUUAAGGUAUAGAGGACAUUCUAGUAGUUUCCCUGUAUAGAGUACGGGGCAAGAGGGGAGAGAGAAUGUAUGUCUCCCCAACCCCACCCACCCACCACCACACCGGUCAGUGGUGAGUGUGCAUGAUUUAUCAAGCUUCCUCAAAUUAAAGCGCGGAAUAUUUGGGUGUAAUGAUGGAUUGAAUUAUCAAUAUUAUAUAUUGGCAAUGCAUCAUUAAAUGGCACCUGAAAGUGCUGCUCAUUUAGAAUCAGAAGAAUGGUCGAUUUCGCCUUUUUUUUGGAAUUCAAUCCUGUGCUGUCAAUUUUUAAAUAAAAAGGUGGGAGAGGACAGGAGAGCAACUGGCUAAACCCCGGUUACUUUGACAUUGGCAGAAGAGAGAGAGUGUGUCAGAGGUUAUGUUUUUUAUUAUUUAAUCAAAUCUUUGUACAUCCGCGGAGAUGGGAAAACUGCACAAUCAGUGGGAUUGGUGAAUGCCCACAAGUCAUUCUUGGAUAUUGCCUGACCGACCUGUAGUGUGGACGGAGCCCAUUCCUGCGUAUUCACGCACUGUAAACACGUUCAUUCACACUCACUGCUCGACCAUUCCUUCUGGAAGUUGUGAAUCAUGAGACAGAACCCACUUUCCUUUGGCCUAUGUAAACAAGAAUUGAGAAUCACAGAAAAUCGAGCUCUCCCCUUUCCCCUCUCCCCUCCGUUUCCUUUCCCCUCUCCCCCUCCUUCACUCCUUUCCUCCCCUCCCCCCCAAAAAUGCCUUAUUUAAUGGCAACGGCCUUUGUAAAAAAAAAUCCAGUUUAAAUUCUAUAAUGUAACAGUCACAUACACAAAAAAAUGGCAGCGGUUUUUUUGCAGAGAUAUUAUCUUGGGCUGCAUUUGUAGAAUGCAGUGAAACUUUGUGAUCUGGCUGAGAGCAGUUUAAAAGUAUUAAUUAUUGUUUUGAUUUUAUUUUUUAAAAAGAAAGCCUCGUUAGCAUUAGUAAAAGGGAUACUGUCUUUUUUAAACACAGAAAUUGGGUAAUUUACUACGGAGAUGGGUUGUUUGUGCAAAUAUGUGAUUUUUACUGUGAAGGUUCUUUUUUUUAUUAAAAAAAAUCAUGUGCACCGUUGAUAUUAUAUGGCGGUCAGAGAUCUGCAAUGUCGAGAAGGAGAUGGGAGAGGAACGGACUUGAAAUUCCGAAAAGAAGCAAAGUGUUGUUAUCUGAGCUGGCUUUGACCUCAACAGUGAUGUGUUAGAAUUUGGCAACUGCCCAAACCUUAGCAAGCAAGCUACAUUUCCCUCCCUCAGUUAGCCAUUUCGUACCAUAGGACAAAGUGGAAGAUCACUAGAACAUCCUGGGUUCCAAAGUGUGCAGGGAGCAGAGGCACCUUUCUCACAAUGGGAAACAAAUGCAUUGGCCUCUACAGAACAACCAAAGUCACCUUCCUUCUCGCAUUGAGUUGUCACUUAACCCGCUCUAGUGUACUCUGAUAACUUCACCUUCUCAUGUUGAACCAUAUAGAUGAGGAUUCCAACAUGGAAUUCCUCUUGUACCCUACUAAGAUGCUGCUGGUUUAGAUGCUGGAGCAGAGUUUCUUGUGUGUGUGUGUGUGUGUGUGUGGCAUCAAACCUGUUUUGCUUUGCUUCCAUUUGAUGUGGUCCAUGAAUGGGCUAUCCCUAUUGAUUGGAUGAUCACCCUCUCCUUCCAGUGAUGUAUAUCCAUGACCAAUGGUCAAUAAUCAUGCUUAGUGGCUUCAACCUUUUAAUAGCUGGGAAGACUGAUGAAAAUAGCUGUGUGGAGUUUCUACCUCCAGUUCCUUUUAUGAAGCACAUCUCUAUUUGGAAAGUGCUUCGUCUGUACAAGGCACUCGGGUUGGGUCUUAUGCCCAAAUAGAGGCUCGUCAACAGGAUUGAACUCAGGAACAGCCUAGAUGUUACAAGGAUCUUUGGUUUAAAGCUGUUCAAAGCUUUAUCUAAGCAGACCAUGCCACUGUGGUGAAAUAUGAAUAAACUCGGGCCAUAAUAUGCAAGUUCUCCUUCCCCCAUUAAUUUCCAUUCCAGGUGUCUCCAUGCCAUUGACCCUAUAUGGAUGAUGGUCUGGAGAUCCUUCAAAGCCUCUUUACUGGAAAAGCCACCCCUGAGAUUCAGUCCAUGUGAGUAGAUGCUUCCAAUUUGGGAAGUUGUCAGCCUUCGGAUUGCUGCUGUGGGGAAAGCUAUCCUACAGCAUGGAAUCGCUGAUGGAGAAAACAUGUUAUUUUCCUUAAUUAAAGUCUCAUUCAUUGAGCCGACUUAACUUGAUGCACCAAUCACUCUGGGGUUCCUUUGCUCCAGAUCAGAUUCCAGUUCAGCUGGGCAUUUGCCAACUUAGCUUGUAAUCUUGAGUGCUCAGAAAUUCAACUUUUAGAGUGCAGGUGAAGGAUUUACCCAUUGGCUAUGUACCAUGACAAAAGCAAAGCUUUGCAUUAAGAGCACGAGGGAAAUGGAGCUUGAUCUGGCUGUUAAUGAGCUUCUUUUGGUUAAUAAAGAAUUGGAAACGUAACAGGAUGUGCCAAGGUAUCAAAUGAAAUCACCUAGAGGCGUUUGUAUGAUUUAUUUCCCCCCCCCCAGCCUUAUCCUAUGGUAUGCUGAGGAGCACUUCAUUCAAAGUAUGAGGACUACUGCGCCUAAAGUUCAGUAAACUACCUUUAUAGCGAUACAAGAGGCCAAGUUUGUUUGUUUUGAUAUUUGAUGAUAUGAAAACUGCCAUGUUCUUGUUUUGUGAGGAGAAAAAACUAUUGACUACUUUUUAAGUUUUCCUUAUUUCUUUCGCAAUGCGAGCAGUCAGAAGGCACGUGCAAUCAGCCAACCUUCAAGAAAUCUGUUAAAGUCGACACAGAGGCAUACUUGCAUUCUACAUUUCCUUGAUGUGUAAUCAUUUUGCCAAAGACAAAAUAUUCAUCAAUUGUAAAUAUCACUUGUCCAUUAUAUGAAAAAAACUUUUCUUGAACCUACCAUAAAGUUUCUGUGAUGUAUUGUCUUCCAGUCGCAAUAAAAAAUUACAAGUUGCAUCAAUUGAAAACAAAAA